GUUUGCGCUUUGUUUACUUUUCCGUGUUCGAAAGCCGAUUCCUGGUCGGUGACCUCUUAGCUGCUUGAUGUUUUUCCUUUUACCCUUUUUUACCCUUUCUGUUAAUGAAGCAAUCAGGCUCCGUGAAAUAUGGAGUUGUUUUUGCUUAUUUUCUUCGUUUUCCUUCCUUUUUUUUCAGGCAACGGUGGUUUUCUGCGAGUUUUUUUCUUGCGCUUGGGCGGCAGCUCGAGUUGCCACAGCUUUUUUUUUUUUUUUUUUUUUUUUUUCUCUUUCUCUUUCUCUCUCUCUCUCUCUCUUUUUCUCUUGCAUGCGCCCACUUACGCGUAAUCAGCGGAAGUUUUUUUUAAUCCGAAGAAAACAUAUAUGAAGUAUUCGGUGGUAGAAGCCGGUUUUCCGGCAGCCUGAGGCAGAUGGAGUGCUUUUGCAAUGCGAUUUUGUUCCUUUUUUUUCUUAUAUAUAAAGAAGUCUUUAUUUGAUAAGAGUAUCUACUAUCUACUGAAAGUCUGAACGUGAGGUUCGUGGACGCUCUCGCAGAGGGCUGUUGUUUCCUUGCGGUAUUCUGCGCGGCUUUUGUUAUUUAAACUCUCUUUCACCUUUCAUGAAAAAGCGCCUUUUCUGUAAAGAAAAACUCUUGCUUUUCUUUUUCUCAUUGGUUCCUGGAUGUCGCUUGAGAAACACGCAGAUAUGUGAUACGACUCUGUCUUUGCAAAUUUUUUUUUUUCGCCCCCAGAUCAUCUCCAAACAAGCGAAGAUUUUUGUUAACAAAGAUGCUCAUUUCUUCUAAAUCCUAGAGGGAAAGUGGCUUCUCUUCUAGUUUACGCACAUAUCCUGAUAAUCAUAAUAAUAACGUUUUCGUUAAACCCUGUCCUUUCGGUUCUUCCGUGAUUGUGGUUUCUGGGGUUCUAGUUUUUCUCUUCGAACUGAGAAAGCUUCGUGCUGGAACGCUGAGCGACCUUCCUCGAGAAACGGAGAUCAUUCUACAUGUAUAUGUGCGUUUGGAGUAACUCGUGAAUUUCGUAGGCAUAUCUAAGAUUUAAACUAUGAGUUACAUAGAGGUACACACACAUAUGUCAUUUUUGUUUUUAUAUUUAAGAUGCCCUUGUAUUUAUUUCUUUUGGCUCUGGUUGGGAAAAGGGCCUGAUUGCAGUGGUAUUUUACUUCGUCUAGCCGCCUGCUUUUUUCAAUUGAGGGUUUUCUUUUACUUGGUCUGAUAGGAGUUGGUUCCGUUUCUGCCUUCAUUGUUAAGUUUACAAUAUCUUGUAUGGCUCUUGGUGAAAAAGAAAAAGAUGAACUUUUAGAUCCUUUUCCCGUUCGGCGUCAAAGGUUGGUUGCUUUUGUAUUCCUUAAUUUACUGUAUCUCUAAGAUCGUACGUCUUUAUAUUUGUUUGCCGACUUAUUUGUCAGCAUGAAUCCGUCUCGUAUUUAACUUGCCAUGUGCGCUUUUGCCCUUUUCCACUUUUGCUGUUUUCAUCUUUGAUUAAUUUUUCAUAUCUUUGAAAUUUGAGUGGCAAAAUCGUUCUUCACGUGCAUGUUUCUUUGUAUUUAUUUUGGGACCUUCACGGCGUUGUGAUAGUUUUGUUAGCUACGUGGUAAAUGUUAGGCAACGUCGGCAACUAUAUGACCUUUUGGGUACUUGGCUUUCCGGUGGUCCUUGUGGUAGAAUUCGAUGUGUUUUCCCAAGUCUUGCAAAUGGUUAUUUCUGUUCUUGCCCUAUAUAAUUUUUUUCACCUGGCGUUGAGAUUCAAGAAUUAUUCAUGACACAAGGGCCCUCCAUCCAGUCGUCCUGCCGUGCUCUGGUGCAAAAUCUUGCUGAAAUUGUCCAUUAUCUUCCAUUGUUGUUUGAAUCUUGAUGUCUGCUAGUUGAUUGUACCACUUGAUACGCCUUUCGGUCAAGUGUUUUCUGGCUACUGAUUUAGUGAAUAAUAGAAAACCGUUUUUGUUUUUUUGUCUGAUUUAGAUAUGUGCUUGUUAGUUAACAGCUGGAGAACAGUGAUUUUACUACGCCCUUGUCUCUCAUCAUUCCAGAUCUCCGUGUUGUUUUAUGGCGGGUGAUAUAGAAACAGAGAAAGCUGCUUACCAAACAAGAAAAGAUUCCAAGGCAAAGUCUCCAGCUAAACCAUCUGAAGUAGACAUGGCUCAUGGGAAAAAGCACAAUCAUUCUCAUACGUCGCCAGCGCAAGUGGAAGUUUCAAAUUUCAAUUCCAAAGAAAGUGGUUUAGUUCAAGAGUUGCCUGCGGAGCAAGAAAAAUAUUCUCCUACAACGAAUUGCUAUGAAUAUUAUUACCCCGGUUAUGAUGGCACUUUUGGGGAAUGGAAAAAUAUGGGCUAUCGUACGAAUGGGGCUGGUCAUGACCUAUCUUAUUUGGGCAAUCCAAGAAGUUCAGUGGUUUACUAUGUUCCAGGAUAUGAUACAUAUGCCCCAGGGAUGUUGAUGCCCCCAGGUGGACAAUAUUUUGCACAGCCACCCUUUUGUUUGACUGCAAUGUAUUCACAACCUUUCUCCUCGCCUGCCACCCGUCAUGGAACAGAUGGUGUGCAGAAUUUCUCUCGGGAUUCUGUGCCUCUUGUUGAUGAUGGUUUGACUACAUCUGUUGGAUUUGGCAAUCCAAAAAUAAAUCUAAGUGGCAAGGCAUCUGAACAUUCAGAGGUCUCAAAUAGAAAAAACCCAAGCAUCAUUCCUAAUGCAAAUGAUUCCACAAUACCCUCAUCGCAUGAUUCUUCAUGUAUAUCAUCUUCAUCUGCUAAAGUUCCUGCACCUGCCAUCCUAAGUGGGCCCCUGAAACCCUCUAGCAAGGUGCCAAUCCCAAGAUCUGAUUUUCAAGGUGCCCUUAUCCCAAGGAAUCGGUUGCCACAUGGAAACUUCGUGCCCUAUCCAAGUCAAGGAAAAGGUGGCUUGCUGGCUGAGAGUGGUGCCAAAACUUUUAUUCCCAACAGUCGGGGUUGGCACAGCAAUGAUACCCUUAGGACGAGUGGCAAGUUUAACCUAAAUGGGUCCUUUGAGAAAAUGGCAGAACAGAGUCGUGGACCCCGUGCUAAUAAAAUCAAGGGUUCUCCCUUUGCAGAUGAAAUCUCAGAUAAGUUGAAUCCUGCCAUGCGCAGAGACCAAUAUAAUUUGUUGGAAUUCGAGACCAAAUAUGACCAUGCACUAUUUUUUGUCAUAAAAUCUUUUAAUGAGGAUGAUGUGCACAAAAGCAUAAAAUAUAAUGUAUGGGCAAGUACCCCAAGUGGAAAUGAGAAACUUGAUGCUGCAUUUCAUGAUGCUGAAAAGAAAUCGUGUGAGAAGGGCUCUAGGUGUCCUGUGUUUCUCUUCUUCUCGGUAAAUGCUAGUGGACAAUUUUGUGGCCUGGCAGAGAUGAUUGGAAUUGUAGAUUUCAAGAAAAACAUGGAUUUCUGGCAACAGGGGAAGUGGAAUGGGUUUUUCCCCGUGAAAUGGCAUAUAAUAAAAGACAUACCCAACUCCCAGUUCCGACACAUCCUUUUGAAAAACAAUGAAAACAAGCAGGUGACAAAUAGCAGGGACACACAGGAGAUUGAACUUCUUCAGGGGUUGGAAAUGCUUAAGAUUUUCAAAGAUUAUGCUGCCAAGGAUUCCAUCCUCGAUGACUUUGGUUAUUAUGAACGGAGAGAGAAAUUACUUAUGAAGAACAGGAUCACAUCACAGCUGGUUGGAGAAGAUGGAGAGAAAACUAAUCCUCUUGAAAAUGCUAACCAUCAUUCGUUAGUUGCACAUGCUAAGAAUUUGUCACUAUCGGGCGGCCCUGAUGGUGCAAGAGCCCAUCCUUCUGGGAAUAGUUGAGCCAACAAGGAAGCUGGUAGAGAAUAGACCAAAGCUGCAUUCGUGGGCGAUAGGUGCAUGUGAAGUUUCUGUGAAAUGGGCUUGAUCAUCUUGUUGGCUUCUCUGUUUCUUUCGUUUCAAGAAGAGUGCUUAUUAGGUAUGGUCAUACACAAAUUUUAAGCUUGAUCUCUGCGCCAUAUCCUUCUCAAAUUAUUUUCUUUGCCUCUCCCUCUGUCUCCCCUUCCUAUUGGGUUGUUGGUGCUCAUCCAUUUCCCGCUUUCAAUCUUAUUUGCAGUCUUGCUGUGCCUUCAUAUUAAUAAUCACAGCAAGCAAUUUUCUACCUUUA